CCGUUUCCGGUUCGUUUCAGCACAACAAUCGCAAUGGCGGCAGCUGGAGAAGCUAACGGAGGAACAGGCAAACUGGAGUUCUCUCUGGAUGUUCCCUUCCCAUCAUCUCGUGAGGCCACCAUCGCUCUGCGGUCGCUCUCCCCGGACAAAGAGCCCCGGAAAGGCGGCAUAAGCAAACUGAUUACAGUGUCUGGAAGCACGCUUUCUGUGAGGUGGAGCGCUGAUGAAGCACGAAUCCUCAGAGUGUCUGUGAACUCGUUUCUCGAUCAUCUAUCCCUUGUUAUGGAGACCAUGGAGAUGUUUGGUCCACCUGUUGCCGUAUGAUGUAUAACAAGUGAUUCUGGACUCUGUUUUUGAUGCUUGGAACUAAC